AUGUCAAAAGCUGAUUUUGAUCAAGCUGCUGCUGAUGUCAAAAAUUUAAGUAAGAAACCAUCUGAUGAUGAAUUACUUAAACUCUACGGACUUUUCAAGCAAGCAACUGUUGGUGAUAAUAAUUCAAGCAAACCAGGUAUGCUUGAUCUUAAAGGCAAAGCUAAAUGGGAAGCUUGGAAUAAAAAUAAAGGAACAAGUCAAGGAGAUGCUCAACAACAAUAUAUUAAUUUCGUUCGUCAAUUACAAUCUUAA